GCAUCGACAUCUCUCUCUCUCUCCCUCUCUCUCUCUCUCUCUAAAACCCUAAUCUCUGAUUCCUACAUCGUCGAUCAGAAACCCUAACCCAAGAAAAUGGGUUUUAUUGACCUACGAAUCGAUCCUAUUUUGCAUAUAGAUGGGCAGGGGGGGAGGUGGAAGAGAUCGACCUAGCGUCAGCUACGGCCCACCCCGAUUUGUAGAGAAGGAGCAACAACAACAACAACAACAACAACAUCGGAAGUCGUCGGGGUGGGGCAUCGCCCCACCCUCGCGGCAUCUAUGGGUCGGGAAUUUGAGCUCCCACGUGACCGAACGCAUGCUCUCGGAGCAGUUCCUUAGGUUUGGGGAUUUGGAAAAGAUUGGUUAUGUACCCGGCCGGAGCUACGCAUUUGUGGAUUACAGGAAGGUGGAGGAUGCGGUGAUCGCGAUGCGGGGCCUGCAGGGUUCCAACCUCGCCGGCAUGCUUAUUAGAAUCGAGUUUGCAAAGGGGGAUAAGGCUUCAGGGCCUCCAAUGGACGAUGAUUACCCACAAUAUAAUGAUGAAAUGCCUUUUAUUGAACGGGGAAGAGAUUCAAGAUUACACCAUCUUAGUCCCGAAAAACCUUUUGAUAAAUCUAGGGGGAAUAGCAAAACUGGGGAACCUAGUGAGGUACUGUGGAUAGGGUUUCCACCGAGCUUAAACAUUGAUGAAUUGGUCUUAAGGAGGGCAUUUUCUCCUUUCGGCGAAAUUGUGAAGAUAACUACAUUUCCCGGCCGCAGCUACGCGUUUAUACAAUACCGAACUAUUGUGGCAGCUUUUCGGGCAAAAGAAGCUCUUCAUGGGAAGCUUUUCAACAACCCGCGAGUGCAUAUAUGCUUCGCCAAGAGUGAGUUUGCUGCAAAUGAAAUCGGAAGGAGUUCGUUUGACGGCUCGCACCCUCCCCAUUUCGACCCUAGUUUUGAACCUGAUCAGAAUCUUGAGACUUUCCAGAGGGGUCGAAACUUAGAGGGUCCUGGGGAAUUUCGCAUUUCAUCUCCAUUAAUGGGUUAUGGCGGAGAUAAUCCUAUACGACCAGGGCCGGGACUGGGACAUGAUCUUGGUGGUAAUGCCGAACAUUUUCGGUUUCAAGAGUUAAAUUCAGGAAGAAGGAUGUCGGAAGAGCUGUAUGAAAGGCACAGAAGCAGUCCCUCUAUAGAGAGGGGCGCCACGUGGCGGCAUGAUAUUCCUCCUUUUGAGAGGCCUAGGCGACCGCCCUCGUUCGAUGAACCUUGGGGUGCAGAAAACAGCUCCUUCCCGUCAGCCAAGAAGCUGAAAUCAGAUCAGUUUCCGGAUAAAGAACUUCCCGAGUAUCCGUUCUCUGACUUUGGCCAAGAAAAAUUUGAUCAUGCCAUGCCAAAGUUCUUCCCUGGUGAAGCAGAAAACAAUGCCUUUAAUAGGAAUUUCCAUUCGGAUCCUUUGGCUCGUAAAGGUGUUCCUGAUUUUCCGAGGAAUCCGCUUCGUCGGUUUGUAGAAGGCGAUGAUUCUUGGAGAUCCUUUGAUGGUUUUGAUGCAGGUCCUAGUCCAUCAAUGCCCUUCAGUUCGGCCAAACUCGAAAGAGUAAACAAUGAGCCUCAACAACCUCCACUUAAAGAGGUGUGGAAGUGGGAGGGUACGAUAGCCAAAGGAGGCUCUCCAGUUUGUCGUGCUCGCUGCUUUCCUGUUGGAAAAGUUCUAGAUUUCACGCUGCCUGAGUUUCUGAACUGCACAGCUCGGACCGGUCUAGACAUGCUCACGAAACACUACUACCAAGCAAGCAACACUUGGGUGGUCUUCUUUGUUCCCCAAACGGAUGCCGACAUCGCAUUCUACAACGAGUUCAUGCAUUAUCUAGGAGAGAAGCAGCGCGCUGCAGUUGCUAAACUAGGGGAGAAGCUCACAUUAUUUCUUGUGCCGCCGUCUGAUUUUUCCGAACAAGUAUUGAAAGUCCCCGGAAAAGUUAGCAUCUCUGGCGUGGUUCUCCAGUUCCAGCAGCCCAGCCCUAAUUUCACUUCAAUGCAGCACUCAACCGAAGUCUCAAAAUCGAAAAUCCCAGCCCUCGGAAACCGAUCGAGCGUUGACGGCAGUAUUCGUGAAGAUUCCUCAUUUAGAAAGCUUAACUCCCCCGAUUUUAGGCCAUUCUCUCAGGGUCAGAGCUAUUUAGGGUCGUCUUCUGCAUUUCCCCCACCUCGUAAAUUCGAUGAAUAUUCUCCGUACAUGGGUUCUUUAAAUCCGCCUGAAAGGCCACCUGAUUUCCGUGAAAAGAUCGGACAGAACCAAUUUCCACAGCAAACUCAGACAGCGCCCUCGAAUCGGCUCAAUCAAAGCAAUGCAUCCAAUUCAUCACUUAAUGCCGCAGAAGCAUUCCCCUUGUCUAAUCCGGGGGUGCCACAUGGAGCCACCUCGAGCAAUCUUAAUCCGGAAACUUCUAGUAGCACUAACAUUCCAUUCUCUGCUGCUAAGAUUCCACAACAGGCGGAAGCUAAGUAUCAGCCUUCUACGUCUCUGCCACUUCCUCUGCAGCCGGAUCAGCUUGCUCAACUCGCGACUCUCCUCGCCCAACAAAAGCAAUCAGGUAAGGAGCCAAUCUCAUCUGCAGACAAAGAGAGCAGACAGUCUAAUAUGUUCCAGAACCCUUCUUCUGUCCUACCGCAAGUCGCGACAUCAGCAACUCCCAAAGUUGCAUCUGGGCUGCCUCCUAACCGACCUUUUGAUUCCUCUGCAAGUGCUUCUGGGGCUUCUGGUUUUUCAGCUACCCAGAUAAGCCAAACGCAAAGUCUACAGCAGAAUAUUUCUGCGUUACAAAUGAUGGUUAGUUCUGGCCAAGAGAGUGGCCAACAAGCGCCAAAUAGCUCGCGUGAAGAGCCGGAAGCAGAUCCCCAGAAGCGGCUUCAGGCAACUCUGCAGUUGGCUGCUGCGCUACUUCAGCAGAUCCAGCAGCAAUCUAAAACCGGCGAUCAACGUUUCACUGCUGAAUCCGAUAUGAACUCAAUCUGAGCCUUUUAUCUCUCCAACAGCAUCGUCCGAAGCGAAACCCUAUUUCCGCCUCAGGUUUGACGCGAAAUUUCUCCUUGGUAAUGUGUGUUUAAAUGUAGAGCAGUAAGAUUCUUGAUUAGUGUAGUUAAAACAGUGAGUUGGUAUUAUCUUAAGACAAAAAUGCCAUGCCUUUUAACUCCUCUCUUGUUGAUGUUUAGAAGAAACUACAUUGGAUUUUGUCAUGCAUCAAAGUUUUGUUCACGAGUUCUCGACUC